AUGCACUCGACGCUCUUCGCGUCGGUGGCGCGCCGCGCCCGCCGCGUCGCACAGACGCGCUGCGCGUCCUACCUCGCGGCCAUCGACCAGGGCACGAGCUCGAGCCGCGUCAUCCUCUACGACGCCGGCUCCCUCGCUCCCGUCGCUUCCCACCAGGUCGAGCUCCAGUCCUGCACGACGAACCCCCAGCCCGGCUGGAGCCAGAUGGACCCGCUGGGUAUCCUCGCGAGCGUCGAGGCCUCGGCGGCGGGCGCCCUGGACAAGGCCGGCGCCAAGGCGUCGGAGGUCGUCGGCGUGGGCAUCACGAACCAGCGGGAAUCGACGGUCGUCUGGGACAAGCGCACGGGCGCGCCGCUCCACGACUGCAUCCUCUGGCACGACGCGCGGACGUCCGACGUGUCGCGGAGGCUCCAGGCCGAGCUCGGCGGCCUCGACGCGCUCCGGGGCUCCUGCGGCCUGCCGAUCUCGACGUACUUCUCGGGGGUGAAACUGCGGUGGCUGCUGGACGAAGUACCGGACGUCAAGGCGGGCUUCGACAACGGCCACGCCCUCUUCGGCACCGUCGACGCCUGGCUGCUCUGGAACCUCACGGGCGGUCCCGACGGCGGGCGCCACGCGACGGAUUUCACGAACGCGAGCCGCACGAUGCUCAUGGAUUUGGACGCGGGCGCCUGGGACGCGGACAACGCGACAAAGCUCGGCGUCGCGAGCGCCGUCGGCGGCCUGCCGGAGAUCGUGAGCUCCGCCGAGCCCUACGGCGCCAUCGCCGCGGGAGCGCUCGCGGGCUGCCCCGUGACGGGCAUCCUCGGCGAUCAGCAAUCGGCGAUGGUCGGCCAGCGCUGCUUCGACCCCGGCGACGCGAAGAUCACCUACGGCACGGGGGCGUUUCUCCUGAUGAACGCCGGCGAGACGCCCGUGGCGAGCACGCACGGCUUGCUCUCGACGGCGCUCUACCAGUUCGGGAGCGGCGGGCCGAGGCGCUACGCGCUCGAGGGCGCCGUCGCGUGCUGCGCCGUGGGCAUCAACUGGUUCCGCGACGCGUUGGGCAUGUUCGAGGAGGCCCCCGAGAUCUCGGCCCUGGCCGCGUCCGUCGAUUCGGCCGAGGGCGUGUGUUUCGUGUCGGCCUUUGGGGGCCUCCUGGCCCCCCGCUGGCGCGACGACGCGCGCGGCGCGCUCGUGGGCCUCACGCUGGCCCACGACAAGCGCCACGUGGCCCGCGCCGUGCUCGAGGGCAUCGCCCACCAGUCGGCGGACGUCGUCCAGGCCAUGGUCGCGGACUCGGGGAACGCGCUCACGACCCUAAAAGUCGACGGCGGCGUCGCGCUCUCCGACGAGCUCCUCCAGGCCCAGGCCGACAUCGCCGGCGCGGCGGUCUACCGGCCCGCCGACGUGGAGACGACGGCCGCGGGCGCCGCGGUGGCCGCGGGCAUCGGCGCGGGCGUCUUCGACGGGCCGGCCGCGCUCGCGGACGACGACGGCGCCGGCGCGAAAUUCGCGCCGGCCAUCGGCGCCGACGAGCGCGCGGCGCGCGUCGCGGCCUGGAACAAGGCCGUCGAGGCGUCCCUCGGCUGGGCCUAG